AUUCCUUCCUGCUUCCUGCCAGGGGAUGGGAAAUAGAAAAGGGGAGGCAGUGUCUUUUUUUAAACAUUUGAAUGCUGCUACCACUGCUGCAACAAGCUGCACUGGAGAGUGGAGGGAGCACACACAGUGAGUUUGGCUUGUUGGAGAUAGAAGAUGGCAGAGGUUGAAAGCACAGUUAUAAACACCAAUGUGAAACAGAAAGACCCAAAUGAGGCGCUGGUCAUCGCCGUGACAACCAGGGCCAUCUUCAACCUGGAGGAGGAGCAUCAGCUGUUCCUGACAAAGGGCAAGGAAGAGUAUGUGAAGUAUCAGCAAGUCAAUGAGGAUAAGCCCUUGGAGCAAGGUACAGCCUUCGCUUUCAUUCAGGCCACGCAGUUUGUGAAUGAGAAACUCCUGGAGAGAAACCCAGAGGAAAAGGGCCUCUUUGAUGUCAUCAUCCUCUCCAACAACAGCCCAGAGAGUGGCAUGCGCAUCAUCAACAGUGCUAAGCAACAUGGUUUGGAGAUUUCCAAGUUUUGCUUUGUCAGCGAUGAAGAUUCCACCCAGUACUUGAAAUCCCAUAAUGUCAAGCUCUUCCUCUCGGCCGACAGGACGGACGUGUGCAAUGCACUCCAGCGAGGAGUGUCGGCGGCUCUCAUCUUCCAGCAGGAGGUGCAGGCCCCCUGCACCCAACUGCGAGUGGUGUUUGACGGGGAUGCCGUGCUCUUCUCGGAUGAGACAGACCGGGUUUUUCGAGAGAAGGGGCUGUCUGGGGCUCUGAAGUAUGAGAGGGCAAUGGAAGCCGUGCCCAUGGGAGAGGGUCCGUUGAAGGCAUUUGCCAUGCAUCUUGGGAAGAUGCGCAAGAAGUUCAGCCAGGAGAAUUCCCCUAUUCGCACCUACUUGGUGACUGCCCGCAGUGGCCGUGAUAUGGGCAUCCGUGCUAUCAAGACCCUCCGGGAAUGGGGGCUGGCGAUUGAUGAAGCCUUCUUCAUGGACGGGGCUCCCAAGGGCCCUCUCCUCUCCCAGAUCCAACCCCACAUCUUCUUUGACGAUGGCCUUCAUAACAUCCAGGGGGCUCAGGAUAUUGGCAUACCCUCUGCCUUGGUCCCCUGUAACUGCUGAUGGGCAGGGAUGAAGGGGCAAAGGUCAUCCAAGGAUCAGGCCUCCCAAAAUGCAAUGGGAGAACACCAGGACAAAGCUUCUGCCAGAAGGGAUAAGGGAGGAUUUCUAAAUCUGUGCUAAGCAAGCUUGGGGCAGAGGGAGGGAAGAUGCUGUGUGUUGAUGUGGUGCUGGAUCUGUUGCUCUUGGGUCCCUCUCUUAGUUCCAAAGACAGGGUCCAUCUGACCUUGGGGAUGUGGCAACAGAAGUCAAAAAUCCACAGGAAGGAAGGACUCUCGAAAUGUAACCGUUACGCGCAUCUCUUGAUCUGCCUUAGCCAUCUCUUCAGUGACUGCAACCCUUCCAGCCACUAGGGCUGAUGUGCUCCACUACUCGUGUCAUGCGAGCGAUGAGACCAUGUGAGCUGAAGACAGCAUGUCACUGUCGUAAGAGGCAGGCAGUGUAAGCUCAGGCUGCACUCAGGCAUGGGAGUUGGUCUUUGGGGCUUUGGGCCAGUACUGCUAUUCAAAUGCCAAGAUGCCCUCUAAACGCUGCAUUUGUUGGGGAUUGUGCUUUUUCAAAGGAAACUAUUUUUUUUUAGUGUGUAUGUUUUAUAUAUAUGGGGCCAAAUCCUGAGGGGUGCUGAGCAACUAGUGAGCACUUGCAUCUUCCGUUGACUUCAGCAGGAGUUCCAGAUGCUCAGCACCUCCCAGGAUUUGAGUGCCAGGGACCAGGAAAUCUGUCUUCUCACAGUUUCUAGUUUGUAGGUAUGCCUUACGUUGGGCCUGAUUCUGAUCUCCCAUUUGGUGUAAAUCAGGAGUAACUCCACAGAAAUCAGUGGAAUUAUACCAGGGUAAGUGAAAUCAGAAUCCGGUCCAUAAUAUCUAGUAGUUAAUUUAAUGUCAACCUCUCUCUCUUCCACAUCUCUUUUCUGCUCAGUUCUCUCUUUUCCUGCCAGCCACGCAGCCUCUCUGCUGCUCUCCCCUCUAAAUGGCACAGAAAGAUCAAGUCACUGUCAAUUUAUAAUGCACAACACUGCAAAGCUGCUUUUCUCACAGUAUCUCAAGUAUGUUUGUGCUGAGAAUAGGGUAAGAAUGGCAGGCCCCACAGUAUAUCUGGUCAUUCACACUUAGGAUCCAAGACAAAUCAUUCCAAUGUUAUUUUCCAGUAAUAAUUUUUUUAAAGAACUAAGUCUGGGUUGGUUAUAUCUGCACACAAAUAUGGUGCAAAGCCCUCGUAUAGACAUAAUAUACAUAGGAUACUAGGGUUAUAUCCUCUGUGUGUGUAUGUUUAUUUACAUAGAUAUAGAUAGGUAUAAAUUAUGGGCCAGUUUCUCAGUUGGUGUAAAUCUGUGGUAGCUCCUUUGACUCAAGGAGUUAUGCCAACUUAUCUGAGAAUCUGGCCCUACAUGUAUGAUGCUGCAGUAAUGACCUAGCACUCCAGUUCCUGUGCGCUCUUGCCAGCAACAGCGCUUCGAUUUUAGUGCUUGAAUCUCAGCAAACUAUUCAAAAGGGGUAGGAAGAUUCAAAAAUAACAGCAGAGUAUUGGGGUAGGAGAGGGCUUAGCCGAGUGCCUUAUUCUAAGCACUCUGCGUUACACAUUCCUUGUUUCUUCUCGAAUAAACAGCCAUUAGCUUUUGUUCUUGCUGGCUGUAACAGGGGCUGCUGAUUACACUGCGGCAUUGUUCUUGCUGGCGCUGGAGCAUCUGAAGCCUGUCCUGAGUGGUUUGGGAUAUGUUGGAUUGUUUACUGGGCAGGAAGCAGUAGGACGGAGCCUAAUUUAUAUUUGCUAACCUGCAGUUUCUUUCCAAGGGCUGGUUUCAGAGUAGCAGCUGUGUUAGUCUGUAUUCUCAAAAAGAAAAGGAGUACUAGUGGGCUCAAAUAAAUUGGUUAGUCUCUAAGGUGCCACUAGUACUCCUUUUCUUUUUUCCAAGGGCUGAAUUUCAUCCAUUUGUCUAUGCACACAUUCACCACCAGAGGCCACCAUGCUGCUCCUUACUGAAAAAGGCAUGCUGGCCAAUUGAUCCCAUUGCUGCUGUAGCAUGUGGCCAGGUCACAAAAUCAGGGCAAACAGAACUUAGAUUUUUGCUUCAAAGGGGCUCUUACAAGCAGUGGGUAAAAAACAAUGUUUAAUUGACAAAAUACGAGAAAAAUAUCAUACUGCCUCUAUAUAAAAAUCCACAGUACGCCGACAUAUUGAAUAGUGCAUGCAGAUUUGGUCACCCCAUCUCAAGAAAGAUCCAUUGGAUUUGGAAAUGGUACAGAAAAGGGCAACAGAAAUAAUUAAGGGUAUGAACACCUUCUGUGUGAAGAGAGAUUGAAAAGACUUGGGAUUUUUCAGCUUGGAAAAGAGAUGACUAAAGGGGCAUGUGAUCGAGGUCUAUAAAAUCAUGACUGGUGUGGAAAAAUUGAGUAAGGAAGUGUUAUUUACUCCUUCACAUAACACAAGAACUAGGGGUCACCCAAUGAAAUUAAUAGGCAGCAGGUUUAAAACCAAAAAAAAAAGUAUUUCUUCACAGUCAACCUGUGGAACUCUUUUUCCAGGGGAUGUCGUGAAGGCCAAAACUAUAGCAGGGUUCCAGUAAGAAUUAUACGUUCAUGGAGGAUAGGUCCAGCAAUGGCAAUUAGCCAGGGUGGGCAGGGAUCCAACACCCUGUUCUGCAUGUCCUUCGCCUCUGUUUGCCAGAAGCUGGGAGUGGGCAACAGGGCAACUUGAUUGCCUGUUCUGUUCAUUCCCUCUGAAGCACCUGGCAUUGGCCUCUGUCGGAAGACAGGAUACUGGGCUAGCUGGACCUUUGGUCUGACCCAGCGUAGCCAUUCUUAUGUUCUUAUAUAGAACCCAGAUGUAUCUGCUCCCCACUGUAACCCACUAGACCCCGCUCUCCUCCAAGAGCUGGGAUAGAACCCAGGAGUCCUGAUGGGGUCUCUCAUCACAGAGUUAGUAAUAAAGUCAGAAUAUACAUUAAAUUUUAAACCUAACCAGUGUCCCUUAAGUGACUUACCACAAGAUGUCAGAACACGUUAUUGUUAGAGCUGAGUGGGUCUAAUAUUUAUUUAAUUUUCUUUCUUUUAUAUAGGAAUUAGGUACAGAGCUCCUGUCAGCUAAUUGCUGUUAUCUGCCAAAAAAAUAGAGUUUUCAAGUGCCUAAGUAUCCCCAGGAUUCACGGUUUAAGGUGGCUCCCCCUUACCAAAAUCUGCAGUGGCGCCCCUGGCUGGCCCACUGAAGUCAAUGGCAAAACCCUCAUCGACUUCAGUAGAGCCAGGAUUUCACCUUGAGCUCUCCCCUUUUGAACCAGUAGGGGCUCAGAAGCAGGACUGCUAUACACAGGAGUGAGUGUUGCUCGAAAGCAACCUUCCCUCCCCAGUGGUUGAUGGAAGGAGUGACAUUGACUGACACAUAAUCACUCCCCUGGCUAGAAAGAUGCUGGCUGCACUGUGAGAAACUGAAGGUGAGAAUGUUAAAGUAGGGAAAUGUAUGUGAGGUGGUAGUGAGGAAGAAUUCCCAACCUCUAGUGGAAAUACUGUGGACCACUGCAUACUGAGGAAGGGGGAGUUGCUACUAUCUCUUUUGUAGAUAGAUGGUGUCAUAAAUAUAAAGGGAAGGGUAACCACCUUUCUGUAUACAGUGCUAUAAAAUCCCUCCUGGCCAGAGGCAAAGUCCUUUUAGCUGUAAAGGGUUAAGAAGCUCAGGUAACCUAGCUGGCACCUGACACAAAAUGACUAAUGAGGGGACAAGAUACUUUAAAAUCUGGAGGGGGGAAAAAGGUUUUGUCUGUCUGUGUGGUACCUUUGCUGGGAACAGAUCAAGGAUGCAAGCCCUCCAACUCCUGUAAAGUUAGUAAGUAAUCAAGGUAGAAAAUGCGUUAGGUUUUCUUUGUUUUGGCUUGUGAAAUUUGCUGUGCUGGUGGAAAUGUGUAUUCCUGGUUUUGUGUCUUUUUGUAACUUAAGGUUUUGCCUAGAGGGAUUAUCUAUGUUUUGAAUCUGACUGCCUGUAAGAUUAUCUUCCAUUCUGAUCUUACAGAGCUGUUCUCUUAUCUUUUUUUGUUCUUCUAAUAAAGUUCUGUUUUUUAAGAAUC